GUGAAGUGCAGCAGCGAAGUGGGCUACGUGAAGCUGCUGCUGGCGCAGCAGCUGGGCCUCGAGCCCCGCAAGCUGCGCCUCUUCGCCAAGGGCCCCUCGGGCGAAAAAAAGCUGCUGAUUGACCCCAUGUCUCUUUGCGACUACAAAGAACUCGCAGCUCCUGCAGCAACUAUCUACGCAGAAGUCCAGGAAUAG